AGAUCGAGACCUUGGCCAGUCGUUGCCUCUCAUCUAUAGUGAUCUCUUGAGUAUAUUCUAUCCCAUUGCCGCAUGUUAUCUCCAUGUUUUCGGUUGCGGACAAGCCAUUUUCGUCCACGUUCUCGAGCUGUCGAGCCUGGACCGUCGUCACAUGACCCGGCAUGCCGUGCAAUUCACGAUAGACGUGAACAGGCAGCCGAGAGGUGAGCAAGAUGGUUUGUAGAAUUCCGCACUCUCCUCAUGGUCUCGAAGCUUCUGCGGAGUCCUCAGAAGCCGGUGGACGUUUGCUGUGUUGCUGCACUCUAGUGGUUUACUCAUAUCGCCAUCUGAGUGGUCUACUUCGGCAUAGGCCAAAAGUGGACAGAGCGGGAGACGAGUCGGACGGAGGAACCAGAUGGACGCAGGAACCAGACAGGCUCAACGCGAUGCAUAGCCUCAAGGGCUUUCCAUGGCCGCUUCGGUCGCCCUGCCCCUGGAGAUCCCACAUUCGUGCUGAUCUCUCUCGUCCUGCGACCUGCAGCAUGCGGGCGAAGUGUGUGCUUUACAUAGCAUUGCAUCGUGAGUGGGGCCCCGCGGCAUCGAGGCUCGACCUGAAAACGACCAUUGGCCUUGGCGAGCCACGGGAACCGUGUCAUCCAGUGCUACUCCAGCGGCGAGAGGUCGACUACCGCAGUAAGUCGUUCGAGCUUUCCUUUCUCCUUAUGACAGCAGCCGUUGACCGUCUCGCUGCGAGUCGUCCGAUGUUGCUCGGACGCACGCUCAAGGGUCGAUCAUUUCAUGUCCUUCUUUUCUUAGGUACACAGGCACGCAUGGCGUCGGCCUAGCGCCCACGCCAUGAGAUCCAAAAGCGCAGGCUGGGGAGAACAGACGUCGUCCCGUCAGGUACCGCGAUGAAAUUCUUCUUUUCCAAGCCUGAGAAA